CCAUUUCCAUUGGUUUCUUCUUCACGAUGGUUAGUGAAAAGGGGCGAAUUAACAGCAUAUGUAGAAGACACUGGACUUUUUUCUAAAAGAACUUCCAAACAGCAGGUGUACUUCUUCCUCUUUAAUGAUGUCCUCAUUAUCACCAAGAAGAAGAGUGAAGAGAGUUACAACGUCACAGAUUAUUCUUUACGGGACCAGCUGGUGGUACAACAAUGUGACAGCGAGGACCUGACUUCUUCUCCUGUAAAGAAUGCUUCAACGAUGCUCUACUCACGGCAGAAUUCUGCGGCUCACCUCUUCAGGCUGGCGGUCCUCAGUAACCACGCAGGAGAGAAGGUGGAGAUGCUCCUGGGAACAGAGACUCAGAGCGACAGAGCUCGCUGGAUUACAGCACUUGGACAGGACAGAGACGGGCAGAAAACGGACAGGACAACUUUGACUCAGGUAGAGAUCAUCAGAACUUACACAGCAAAGCAGUCAGAUGAACUGUCUCUUCAAGUUGCUGAUGUUGUUUUGGUUUAUCAAAAAGUAAAUGAUGGUUGGUAUGAAGGGGAACGAUUGCGGGAUGGUGAAAGAGGUUGGUUUCCUAUGGAGUGUGCUAAAGAAAUCACGUGUCGUGCCACGAUUGACAAGAACAUGGAACGGAUGGGACGCUUACUUGGACUUGAAACCAACGUGUAG